AGGCGCAAUUAAUUUGGGUUUGGCUCAGAACAGAGGACAGGAGGUCAGAGCAAAUGGACCUGUUGGAGCACCCAGUCAGAACAGAAUGGAGCCGGUAUUUCCAGUACAGGGCGGUCCAGGUGCCAUCAGAAUGAACAGCCCUGCAGCUUCCCUGGCACCACAAGUAGGAAGUGUAUCUGCACCUCUAAUAAAUGCAGGUGGGAGUAAUGCAGAGCUGGCAGCACGGGCUCCUCGCCCCACAUCUCAGUCAGAUGCAGUGGAACCAAUGGCAUCUGGUGUCAGCCUCCAACAGCAAGGCCACUCCUCUGUGUCUUUAGGCUCUCAGAUCCACCCUGUUCAGUCUAUUUCCAUUAACAGACAGAUCACCCCAGCUGCUUUACAACAACUUCAGCAACAACAGUUGCAACAGCAGCAGCAGCAGCUGCUACAGCAGCAACAGCAGCAGCAGUUACAGCAGCAGCAGAUACAGCAACUACAGCAACAGCAACUAAAACAGCUGCAACAGCAUUUCCAGCUGCAGCAGCAACAGCAACAGCAGCAGCAGCUACAACAGCAGCAGCAGCAAAUUCAGCAGCAACAACAACUACAGCAGCAGCAGCUACAGCAGCAGCAACAGCAGCAGCUGCAGCAGCAACAAAGUAUACGUCCUUCAUUUGCAGCUGCAGCUCCAGGAUGGAAUCCGCUUUCCUCUGGCACAGUCCAGCCUCCCCAAGCCCAGGGAACUAUGGGAACAUUGGUCACAAAUCAGGUUUGGAAAAAGACAACCGUUCCUGGUCAGAUUCCCCAGCAGCAGCUUCCAGUGAGACAGUCUUUGACAACACUGCAGACACCUUCACAUCCUCCACCUCCAUACCCUUGUGGAAGCCAACAAGCCAACCAAACUCAUCAGAAUUUUUCCCAAAUAAGUGGUCCUUCUCAGUUUGCCACACCUCAGCCUAAGAACCUUCAGGGUGGACCACCUCGGGGACCUACUCCCCUCCUGCAAUCACACUUGCCAAGCAAGUCUCCAGUUUCUUCACCUUCGUCAUUUCACCAAGGUUCCCCUGCUUCUUCUCCAACUGUUAAUCAAGUACAGCAGCAAAUGGGAGCCAGGCCAGUCCAGAAUAAUUCCCUCUCGCAGGGGUUUCAGCAGACAGUGACAUCUCCAGGACGGAGCCCUUUGGUUCAGCAGGGAAAUAUGCCACCUGGCUUCAUGGUGAUGCAGCAGCAACAGGGCUUGCAUGCUAAUGUGGGUGGUCACCUGAAUCCGAACUUCCUUCAGAGUCAGACAAAUCCUGCUACCACAGCUAAUGCCGUCAGUGGUGCAACAACUCAGCUUCAGGCCAGCCAGACAUCAUCUCACCCAGGUGGUCAAGCAAAUGUUCCUGUACAGAAUCAGAUACAGUUAUCUCAUGGUCCUUCAAAUGUGAUGCAGUCUAAUCUCCUGGGACUUCAUAGCAGCAUCAACAGCCAGCAGGCUGGUGGUAAUGGCAUUACCUCUGGGAAUAUGGUCAGUCUGCAGGGACAGCAGGGGCAGCAGCAGCAGACUUCUCAGCUAACUGGAGUGCAACAGCAUUUGGUAUCCUCGCAGGGUCAGAUUGUAAACAUUCAGGCACAGGCAGGCUUAAAUCCCCCAAGUCAGAUGGUGGUGUCUCGAGGUCAGCUUGUUUCUCAGGGACAAAUGAUGGUUACAUCACAAAGUCAGGGCAUUGUCCAGGCACCACAGACAGCAACUCCACCUAAACAGCUGAUUCCUCAGAGUCAACAAAUGAUGACAUCCCACGGGCAGAUAAUAGGAUCUCAGGGCCAGACCUUAUUGCAGCAGAGCCAAAUGAUGGAGCAAAUGAUGACCAAUCAAAUUCAAGGAAACAAACCGCCAUUCAGUACCCAGAACCAUUCAAACGUCUUACCAAACCAGAUUAUAAGGGGACCAUCUCCUAAUAUUCAGGGUGGCAUGGUGCAAUUUCCAGGGCAGAUGAUGACUCAGCAAGGUCCUGUCACUGUCAGUCCAUCUCAAAAUAUUGGUAUUCAAGGACAAGUUUUGAGACCAUCGUUAAGUGGAACACAUUUGACUCAGCAGCACAGUGAUCUCUCAGCACCAUCUGGUAGUGAUGUUGGUCUUUCACAGAUGCUUCCUGAAGCAUCAAUGCAGCAGUCAAGUCUAGUGUCUGCACAUAUGCAGGCGAUGCAGGGACCCAGUGGUUCUGGGAAUCAUUUUGCUGGUCAUGGACUUCAGUUUAAUGCACAGUUUGGUGGGCCAAAUGGUAAUCAGAUAGCUUUAGCAAAUUCUGCUUUUCCUGCUAACAAAGAUGUGACCCUGACAAGUCCACUUCUCGUCAACUUGCUGCAGAGUGACAUUUCUGCAGGACAGUUUGGUGUAGCUGGUAAACAGAAUAACCAGAAUGUUACAAAACCCAAGAAAAAGAAGCCUCCAAGGAAGAAGAAGAAUGCAAAUCAGCCUGUGGAAGAGCAACUUGGCAUGCCCGAUAGUCGUCCAACAGGCCUGGAAGAUUCUGAUCAGCCACCACUAUCUGGGGACCAGGGUGCAAGUAUGGAUAAUACAGGCCCUAAACUUCAAGAUUUUACAAAUCGUCCACCAGCAUAUCCUGCUCAGCCUUCUGAACAAAGGCCUCUACAGCAGCUACCUAUUCAACUCAUGCAACAUGGACAACAGCAGCCUUCAUCCAGUCAAGCACAAGCCCAGCAGCAACAGAUGAUGAUGAUGCUUAUGAUGCAGCAAGACCAUAAAGCCAUCAGACUCCCAGUCCCACCGGCUACUCAUCCAAGAAUGUCUCUAAGUCAGGAGACUCAGAGGCUGCCUCUUCCGCAUGGAAGCAAUAUGCCUGUCAUGGUCAGUUUGCAGGGACCGAAUUCAGUGCCUCCUUCUCCUGAUAAACCUAGGUUACCACUGAUGACCAACUCUGCAGUAGGCACUGUUCCAAGAAAGAUGUCAUUUCAAGAGAGUAUGCAGAAUGCCCCCACUUCUGCUAAUGAAGAUGGUAUUUCUGGAGCAACUGGACAUGAAGGACCAAGUGCUGAUGUUCCUUUAGCCCAGGAAGUUCAGAACAGUGUGACACCUCACUUGGUUGCUCCAAACCAGGUUAUGAUGGCAGGGCAUAAGACGGGCUCUUCGGUAGUUUCAGGCUCUCAAGGCGCAAGUCCUCAGCAACAGCAGUCAUCAAAUUCCUUACCUGGGUCUCUCACACUUCAUUUCCCAAAUGCUCCAACAACUCCACAGACUUCCAGGCCCAAAACCCCAAAUAGGGCAAGUCCUAGACCAUACUAUCCCCAGACACCCAAUAACCGUCCACCUAGUACUGAGCCAUCUGAAAUAAGUUUGUCCCCAGAGAGACUUAAUGCAUCUAUUGCAGGCCUUUUCCCACCCAUAAAUAUUCCCCUGCCACCCAGGCCAAAUAUUAAUAGAGGAUUUGAUCAGCAAGGCCUUAAUCCUACAACUUUAAAGGCAAUUGGACAGGCACCGUCAUCCCUUGCUGUGAACAGUCAAACAAGUUUUAGUGUUUCUCAGCAAAGCAAAUUAGAUGGUGUUACUUCAGGAAAGCAGUCAAACUCUGGAGCGGCUAAGCGAGCAAGUCCCAGUAACAGUCGAAGGUCUAGUCCUGGCUCAAGUAGAAAAACCACUCCUAGCCCUGGCCGACAGAAUUCAAAGGCAGCUAAAUUAUUACAGUCUCAGCAGAAUGCUGCACUUAUGCCUAAUAUGGAUAUCCAGAGAAGUAUUCUUGUUGGACCCCAGCCUUUACAAAAUCAGUUGCCUGGUAAUUUUCCUCAUGUGAAUACAGUUUUGAAUUCACAGAAUUCUGCUGCGUCUUUGGCAAUGACUGGAAUUCCUGAAGACAGCAGAGAAGGACAGAAUCUUUCUCUGGAAAGUGAAAGCCAUGUAGCACAAGUUGUCCCAGUUAGCAAAGACCAUAAUACCAUUGAAUUGAAGAGCAUACCGAAUCAAGAGAUGAAAAUUACAGUCUCUGAGGAUCCCAGCAAGAAAGAUGGACCGUAUUUUGAUGCCAGCAGAACAUUGGUUAGGGAUGAAGGAAAGAAUUUACUGGGUAGAGAAGAAGCCAAAAGUAUUGCAUCUGUGUCUUUAAGAGAGGUGCCAACGUCUUUAAGUCAGCUGCUUGAUCAUUCAGGUGCACCAAAUGUGACCAUUAAAUCUACCAGUCGUGUUCAGGAAGCAUCACAGACUGCUUCAGGAGAUGAAGUGAGAAAGUUAGAGGUGACUUCAAAGCAGGAUCAGUCAUCUCUUAAAGAAAAUUCUAAUUCAGCAACUGUAAAUCAAACUGUCGAGCCCAGUAUGCCUCAGAGUCAUUCGGAGGCAGGAGAAAUGAAUGCCAGCAUUUCUCAAAAUACCCCUGCUGUAAUACAGAGAUCAGUUAGCUCAUCUUCUGUUUCUUCAUCUUUACCUGCAAAUCAGAUAACUGUUUUUGUAACUUCAAACCCCAUUAAUAAUCCUGCUAGUACAUCAGCUUCUCUGCCUUCUCAUUUACAGCCUGCGUUGGUUUCUACUGUGGUUACAUUGCCAAGUGUAGGCAGUAAGGUUAUGGUGUCUGAGGGGCAGCCCACAGUUCAGUCUAACCCACGAGCUCAGUUCUUCACAAAUCUUUUUAUUAAUCCAUCUCCACUUAUAUAUAAUAGUAUCCCUACAGCAUCUGCUUCGUCCAGCUCCAACGUGAUGCAUCAGCCCGUAACUGUAGUUGGACCAUUACAUAUAUCACAGUUCUCAGGAACUUCAUCUUCGAAUACUUCAUCUGUAAUUACAUCUACUAGUUCAGCAGCCAAUGCACCAGUAAGUAGACCAUUGGUCCUUGGUCCUGUAGCGGCUUCUCUCCAGAUUGCAUCUCCAUCUGCUACUGUUUCUGCAAGCGUUCCACCACAGCCACCACCUCAUUCAAAUGCAGAACUGUCUUCAAUAGAUGGAAAUUCUCAACUUAUGCCUAUGGACCAGUGUUCUCCAGUUUCAUCUCGGUCUGCUUCAUUGGGGUCACCCCCACCUUCUUCAAGUCCUGGUUCCUCAGUUAGUCAUCGAAGUCCUGGUUCUUCAGUAAAAGGAAAGGGAAAGGUAGACAAAAUUGGACAGUUGUUAAUGACAAAAGCAUGCAAGAAGGUCACUAGCUCUCCAAAUAACUGUGAUGAUCAUUCCACUUCAGACUUUAUUUCAAGAUCAGAUGUUCAUCAGCUUGAAUUGGAAGUACCUGGUAGCUCUGCUACAUUUCAACCAUCUGUAGAGCUGAGCAAUCAAAACUCAUUACAUCUGGCUUCUAAUACUGUACAUCAAGGAACAACUUUAAGUAGCACGCUUUGCAUUAACACUGCUGGGAUUUCAGCCUCCAUUUCUCCAAGUUUGUCAUCAAACACUCCUCCAAAUACUGUACUAACUUCAUCCACUCCAGUAGCUUCAGUAGUUCCAGAGCAUAUAAAUGUUGCUGCAAGGACUCAGAUGAGCCAUUCUGUUCUUCACUCUGUACAUGGUACUUCGCUGGAUUUGAAUGCAGAGCAGUUUCACAACAUAGAUGGACCUCUGCCAUUGAUCAUGAAUCACAGUCACCUUCAUCGUCAUCCGAAGCACAGGUUGCGUGAACUACACUGGGAUCCAAAAGCUUCGUGGCAUCUUGUGGGUCCCGAAACUCAAAGUGUUGAUGUGAAGGAAUCUGCUGAAAAAAUCAAGACUCCAAACAGAAAGAAUUCUCGAGCUGAAGAUUCUACUUCGCUGGAUACAUCAGACAAUCCUCCACGAAAACGACCUGCUAAGCCAAGUUCAGCAUCUGGUACCACUAAAGGAGUUGUAAAACGAAUCCGCCGGGAAGAAAAAGAAAAAGGUUUACAUCACCCCCCUUUAUCAAUGGCUGAACUACAGUUCCUGAGACGCUCACCAGUUUUAAGUCCUAAUACUGCAGUAAGCCUUGUCAGGAAAGUUUGGUUGGAAAUUCAGCUACAUUUGGCCCACUGUGGAAAUGAAAGCAUCCAGUCUUUCAAACCAUCAUCCUUUGAAGUAAAGCAGACUGAAAAUGGCACAAGAUACUUAGCAAUGGCACCAAAUGAACACAGUGAAAAUCAGACUCUUGAUACCACAAAAGAAGCAAAUGGCUUUAUGUUUGAACAACCAGGAGAUCCUCUUUGCCCAUUAGCCAGCUACCUGAAGUACAUCUCCAAAUUACCCCCAAAUGCUCAGUCUCUCUUUUGUCAUCCACGACGCCAGACUCAAGAGGUAUUAGAUAAAGUUCCUACAUGGUAUACCAGUGAACGCAUGGGCAUAAACUUUCUAAGUAAUUUGCUGCCAACAAUUUGCAAAGAAUCUAGACUGCCAACAAUUUACAGUAACCAUUCAUUACGUGCCACAGCACUUAAAUUGCAGUCUGAAAUGGCAGUAGAGGCCCGGCAGAUAGUAUCAGUAACUGGUCAGAAAAAUGAACUUUUACAGACCUACUGGAAGCCUAAUUUGGAAGAGCAGCAGCAGCAGCAGUGGAGUUCAUUAUUGCUUUCCCCAAGCCCUUCUUCUGAAAGACCCAGGUCACCAAGUUUCAGCCUUUUACAAAGUGAGAACCAUGAUGCCAAAACCUAUGAAAGGUCACUGUCACCUAAACGGUGGUCUGAAAACUCUACAACAGAAGGUAUUUCUUCAGCUGCCUACUGUCCCCAGGUUCUUAAAGAUAAAAGCCCCUCAGCCACUGAACUGAAGCAUGCAAAGCAUGCUCAAGAGCAAGCGAGCAAAAAUUUCUUUAAACAUGAAAUGUGGACUGAAAACUUCAGAGACGAAGGAUCAGCUCGUUCCUUUUCCCCUGUCAUCCAAAAGAAACAGCCAGCUACAAUUGAAUUACAGCACACAUCCAGCAAACCACCUGUGUUUACCUCCAACACAGUUUUGUCCAGCCAAAGCCUUUAUCCUGAAAUUACAGAAAUGCAGUGCAACCUAGAAACACUGCCCUCCACAAGCACAUUUCAGGCACGGUUACAGACAGUUUCCACAACUGCAAAAGCGUCUCUUCAAAAUGAAAAUGAGAUUUUGACUCCGUCUCAUAUGUCAUACAUCGCCAGCCUUAUCAACCCUGCUACAGGGCAGUUUCAUUUCCCCAGUAAAUGACUGCAGAGUGAAUGCAUUUAUAGACCCACUGAUUUUUAGUUGUCAGAAAUAGCUGACCUCAUUUGGCCUAUUCUUAAAAAUCCUUAUUUUCUGGUGAGGUCCCCUUAGAUCAGGGCAAAUCAACCUGUCCUUUAUAAAGGAUUGGAUUGAAAUGGAAGAUAUUGCACCAAAAUCGGGUAUCUGGUGGGAUUUUUAAAGAAGAAAAUGACUGAUGCUGGUUUUAAAAAACAGAUUCUAUUUUAAAGGUCUUUCCUUUUAAAAUAGAAAUUUUUUUGUCCCCCUUAUAUAUAUAUUUUUUUUCCAACUUUAGCUUCAAGUUGCAUUGUACUGUAACAAGUUAUGCAAAGUAUGUUACAAGGUAAACAUUCCAACGUAUGAGAAAUAUGCCAGCCUUAUAAAAAAUGUGAGAAGCAACUUCACAAGUAUAAAAUGCGUAUUUCAUUUCUCUUUCUUUGUAUUUAUUUGAUGCAUUGAAGCAUUCAUUCUUAAUGUUUUAAGAACUUAUAAAAAAGAGAAUAUUCUAUUAAAAAAUCAUAUUUAAAUUUACUAAUACCGUUCUACAUUCUGUAGUUUCUUAUGAAUGUCCUGUCAAUUCAUUUUUCAAUUUAUUAUAAAACAACAGAAAAGACUAUUUUUUUGUGAAAAACGUUUGUGUUUUAUUGGAAAAAAAAUUAAAAUUGUGUUAGACAA